CGUGCACUUGACAUGUGAGUGGAGGUGAAUGUUUGUGUAACAGGAAAUUAUGAAUAUGUGGCUUUGUAUACCGGUACAUAGUGUUAGAUAACAUCAGUUUGGUCUUUAUAACAUGAUUUUAGUACAAUUGAUUACUCUUAUGACACGAUGACCGAAAUGAACUGCAAUGACAGCUCGGAAAAGAGUAGCAAACAUGUUGAAGUUCGCAUCACUCCUUGGCAGCAGAUGAUUUCAUCAUGUUCGGGGGCAGUGCUUACUUCGUUCUUUGUGACACCAUUAGAUGUUGUGAAGAUCAGACUGCAGGCUCAAAACAGUCCCAUGAAGAGAGGACAAUGCUUUCUCUACUGUAAUGGGUUGAUGGAUCAUGUCUGUGUGUGUCGUAAUGGCAACGGCAGUAACACAAUGCGCCUACAUUGGUAUAAAAGAUGCUUACCUCAGCCUUUCACUGGCACGCUGGAUGCCUUCGUAAAGAUUUCUCGACAAGAAGGCCCAGCAUCUCUGUGGAGUGGUCUCCCUCCAACAUUAGUGAUGGCUGUGCCCGCCACGGUUGUCUACUUUACAUGUUACGAGCAGUGUCGGAACAAGCUGGGCUACAGUGAUGGGCUACAGCAGGGGCAGUGGUGGAAACCUAUGGCUGCCGGGGUUGUUGCCCGCACGUGGGCUGUGACGAUGAUUAGCCCCCUGGAGAUGGUACGUACGAAGAUACAGUCAGAACAGCUGAGUUACAGUGCGGUGUGGAAGGCAGUUAGGAACAUGGUUCGACAGGAAGGAGUACUUACCUUGUGGAUGGGACUUGGUCCUACAUUGUUUAGGGAUGUUCCUUUUUCAGCACUCUACUGGUUUGGAUAUGAAAGUUUUAAGUCAAUGCUGCAGAAGAUUCGAGGAACGAUAGAAAUAAAUUUCUGGGAUAACUUCGUUUCUGGUGCUGCUGCAGGCUCAAUUGCAGGAGUGAUUACACUGCCUUUUGAUGUCAUCAAGACACAUCGACAGAUAGAGCUAGGAAAUUUCACAAACUCAGGUGAAAAACAGACAAGUUCUACAUUUCGCCUGAUACAAAAAUUAUACAGACAGCAAGGAGUUACCUCCCUUUUUACUGGUAUGGUUCCCAGGGUAAUCAAAGUCGCACCUGCCUGUGCCAUCAUGAUCAGUUCUUACGAAUAUUUCAAGUCAAUGUUCAGGGAACACAACCUUUCGGUGCCAAAAUCAUUAACAAUAUAGCCUUUCUCUGUCAGACUCUUUGUUUUAUCCACUGAUGUGUUUAUAGCCGGGUGCAGAUUACGACUGGUGUGGUUGGCGUGGUACAGAUUACGACUGAUGUGUUCAGCCUGGUACAGAUUACGACUUAUGUGUUUAGCCUGGUCCAGAUUACGACUUAUGUGUUUAGCCUGGUCCAGAUUACGACAAACAUGUUUAGCCUGGUACUGAUUACGACUUAUGUGUUUAGCCUGGUACAGAUUACGACUGAUGUGUUGAGCCUGGUCCAGAUUACGACAAACAUGUUUAGCCUGGUACAGAUUACGACUUAUGUGUUGAGCCUUGUACAGAUUACGACUGAAGUGCUUAGCCUGGUACAGAUUACGACUGAUGUGUUGAGCCUGGUACAGAUCACGACUGAAGUGUUUAGCCUGGUACAGAUUAAGACUGAUGUGUUUAGCCUGGCACAGAUUACGACUGAUGUGUUAAGCAUGGUCCAGAUUACAACUGAUGUGUUGAGCCUGGUACAGAUUACGACAAACGUGUUUAGCGUGGUGCAUAUUUGGGCUUACAGUAUCUGAGGAUCUAACAGAGCUACAGCGACAUCUUAAGGUGACAUUACAUAGCCAAGAGACUUGUAUAGGAGAUAAUCCAAAGUAACAUGUGUAACAUGGAAUAUUGACAAAGUUUUGUAUAAUAUCAACUUUAAUAUAAGCACCAAGUGUUUUCCAGUCUCCUAUCAAUGUGAAGAAGAUACAUCCAGUAUUAGUGGAACGUUUCCUUGGGUGGAUUUCUUUUCACCAAUUUCACAUUUAUUGAAUCGACUCAAAAAUGUAUCUUGACAUGUUUUUAAAAUAUUCCUGCGUCAUUUGUGUUGUAAUAAUAUCCACUUGGCAGAGAGGUUGAGGAGUUUAAGAAUGAUAAUUCCUACUUCAACAGGUAGCAAGCUUUGAGAAAAUUGUUGAUGAUGUCGCAGCAAUUUUUGGAGUGACUAUAAAACAGUUGAAAGAUACAAAACUACUUGAUACAGUUAAUGCACAGAAUUGAUGGGAUUUAUAUUUUCAAAUGUAACAGAAAUAUGAAAUGAUGAGAAUGUGGGUGUGUGUUGAAAUUUAAAAAUGUCCCUGUAAUGGUGCGAGUGUGAAACACUUAAGUUAUUUUUCCAUGGUCAGAAAUUUUGUAUGUAACCCUACAAACAUUUAAUGUAUCUUCCUGUAUAUGUCAUGUUGAAAGUACUUCUACCCAAGUUUACUUUGUUGAAUUAAUGCCAGUGUCGUACACACAAAAAGUUUCCCGUAUAUACAUGAAAUCUUACCUGUGAUAUUUUAAACAGAGAUCUGCAUGUUUACAGUACAUUUACACAGGCACUGCAGAAUCUAUACCCAAAUCUGUGCAAUGGCUUUGUUGGAAGAAUGCUUGUGAUUUAGCUUUGUGUUAAACACAUCUAGAAUCACAAAUAAACGCAUACCUUAAUUACAAUAAUGUGUGAUCUGUGAACACCUUUUCUCACUGCAUGUUUGGUACUAAAGUUGCUAUCUAAUGAUGCUUAAUGUAUCUAGAUAUGGCCUCAUUAAUACCUGCUGAUGAAGUCGUGGAUUUAGCAGUCCAUUUUCAUGCAUAUUGUCAUCACUAUUGACUGCUUUCCUAAUGAAUGUGAACUAACUUCACGUAAUGGUAAAGUUUUAGAAUUGGCUUAAACAAAGCAAUGUUUAUGGUACUAAGGUCAAGGUCACUUAAAAAAACCCACUUUGUCAUCACUCUAGUGACAUCAUUCUGAACAAAUUAUGAUCCAAUGUUAUGUAUGGUUAGGUAUGGUUAGGUACGAGUUUGUCCUGGCUCAUAUUACUCAUAGUUCCCCCUGAUUAUACCUUUAAUAACUUCCCACUUAAAUCACUUUAGGGAUAUACAUAUAUUUAAUCAUCAUACCUCUUUGUUUUCUUAAUAUAUAUUUGGAUAUAAAUAUAUUUAUUUCGUUACUUUAAAUUUGAUUUUUUUUCAAAGGAUGCUACAUUAUAAAAUUGUUUAAUCAUUGAGUUCAUUGAAAGGAAGAUUAAGUUUUGACAAUUAUUUGAUUAAUAUGAUAAUUUUGAUCUUUAUUUAAACAGCAUAUAAUAUUCAUUUUAAUAAAAAUACCCAAAAUGAUUUAAACAGGGCUCAAAACAUUUAUUUAAACAGUACCCAAUGUAUUUAAAGUUUUCAUGUUUUCACAAACAUUUGUUUUCAUGUGUUCAGCAAAUUGCUUGGAUGCUUUGUAACAAAAAGUUCAGCUAUCACUGACAUUUUUUUUCUUUUUUUUUUCUUUUUAGUCCUUUUCAAAAGAAACAUUCCAUAAAACAUAUUGAGGUGCAUUUUACAGAAUUAUGGUUGUUUGAAAUUUGAAUGUUUGAAAAUAGGAAUAGAAAAGAAAACAGAAAAAAUAUUGGGGUCUAACUCCGGAACAUUUCAAAGCAUACACCUUACCAAUGAUGCCGCCCAGAAAUUAUAUAUGCAAGGCAUCAAAAUGAGAAUUAAAUUAUAAUGGGCUGCAAAGCUUAUCAAUAGCUUGACAGGGGAGGUUACUCAAAGCCAGAUUCAUCUUCUAUAAGGGAGUAAAAAAACUCUCUUCUGUGUGAUUAUAACUGAUGCAGUGGUACACUUUACCUGAAUACAAAGUCUGUAGAAAGUUUUAGAAAAGUACUCCUAAUUGCUUAUAAUUUACGAAACAUUGUUAUUGUUAUUCAUAUGGAUGUACAUACUCGUGUUGAUAUUUAAAAUUUUGUAUACAGUCUGCGUUGAUACCAUGUUUGUUACACAUGGUGGUCACAGAGAAAUAAAAGAGAUGUCUGAUGUCUAUUCAAUGUAAUCAUUUAACUGUCCCGUUUUUAAUGUUCCCUAAGAGUAAAGGAAUUAAUCACAUUAC